CCAAGGUUCCGGGACUGAAACGUUCCGGCGGGAGGAAGGACGAAGGAGGUGUCGCGUGAGAUCAGGACAGCCUCCUGGCUUGCCCUUCGAAACGGAUAGAGAGCUCAAAAGGACAGAGGGUCACCCCUCUGCCAAACAGGACUGCCCCUUCCUUCGCCCGGGGCCACAACCACUUUACCUGGGAAGUGGAUGCUCCAGAAAUUUACAGGGGCAGGUGAACACUCACCAAGUGUUUGCUCUUUGAAGAUCAUGAGCGGUUUCCAACCAAACUUCUGGAGAGCGGCAGGAUCAGCAGCCCCCGUCUCCGGGAACCUGACGUCAUGAUGAGAGAAGCAGCUCUGAGGAAUCUCACCAGGUGCCUGACUGACGUCCUUCCCCCGCGGGGAGCUGGUGUGGUCGGAGGAGGGGCGUGCUGGUCACCAUGACAACAGAGACAGGGCCUGACUCUGAGGUGAAGAAGGCUCAGGAGGAGGCCCCGCAGCAGCCCGAGGCAGCCGCCACAGCAGCCACCCCCGUGACCCCCGCCGGCCACGGCCAUCCCGAGGCCAACUCCAAUGAGAAACAUCCACCCCAGCAGGACACUCAGCCUGCCGAACAGAGCCUAGACAUGGAGGAGAAGGACUAUGGGGAGGCUGAUGGCCUGUCAGAGAGGACCACACCCAGCAAGGCCCAGAAAUCGCCCCAGAAGAUUGCCAAGAAGUACAAGAGUUCCAUCUGCCGAGUCACUCUGCUCGAUGCCUCUGAGUACGAGUGUGAGGUGGAGAAACAUGGCCGGGGCCAGGUGCUGUUUGACCUGGUCUGUGAGCACCUCAACCUCCUGGAGAAGGACUACUUUGGCCUGACCUUCUGUGAUGCCGACAGCCAGAAGAACUGGCUGGACCCCUCCAAGGAAAUCAAGAAGCAGAUCCGGAGCAGCCCCUGGAAUUUUGCCUUCACAGUCAAGUUCUACCCACCUGACCCUGCCCAGCUGACAGAAGACAUCACAAGAUACUACCUGUGCCUGCAGCUGCGGGCAGACAUCAUCACAGGCCGCCUGCCCUGCUCCUUCGUCACACACGCCCUGCUGGGCUCCUACGCCGUGCAGGCUGAGCUGGGCGACUAUGACGCCGAGGAGCACGUGGGCAACUACGUCAGUGAGCUCCGCUUCGCCCCCAACCAGACCCGGGAGCUGGAAGAGAGGAUCAUGGAACUGCACAAGACAUACAGGGGCAUGACCCCAGGAGAAGCAGAAAUCCAUUUCCUGGAGAAUGCCAAGAAGCUUUCUAUGUACGGAGUAGACCUGCACCAUGCCAAGGACUCUGAGGGCAUCGACAUCAUGUUAGGAGUCUGUGCCAACGGCCUGCUUAUCUACCGGGACCGGCUGAGAAUCAACCGCUUCGCAUGGCCGAAGAUUCUCAAGAUCUCGUACAAGAGGAGUAACUUCUACAUCAAGAUCCGGCCUGGGGAGUACGAGCAGUUUGAGAGCACGAUUGGCUUUAAGCUCCCAAAUCACCGGUCGGCCAAGAGACUGUGGAAGGUCUGCAUCGAGCACCACACGUUCUUCCGGCUGGUGUCCCCUGAGCCCCCACCCAAGGGCUUCUUGGUGAUGGGCUCCAAGUUCCGGUAUAGUGGGAGGACCCAGGCACAGACCCGCCAGGCCAGCGCCCUCAUCGACCGGCCCGCGCCCUUCUUUGAGCGUUCCUCCAGCAAACGGUACACCAUGUCCCGCAGCCUUGAUGGAGCAGAGUUCUCCCGCCCAGCCUCUGUCAGUGAGAACCACGACGCAGGACCUGACAGUGACAAGCGGGAGGAGGAUGGCGAGUCUGGGGGGCGGCGGUCAGAGGCUGAGGAGGGAGAAGUCAGGACCCCCACCAAGAUCAAGGAUCUAAAGCCGGAGCAGGAAACCACGCCGCGACACAAGCAGGAGUUCUUAGACAAGCCAGAGGACGUCUUGCUGAAGCAUCAGGCGAGCAUCAAUGAGCUCAAGAGGACCUUGAAGGAACCCAACAGCAAACUGAUCCACCGGGAUCGAGACUGGGAGCGGGAGCGCAGGCUGCCCUCCUCGCCCGCCUCCCCCUCCCCCAAAGGCACCCCUGAGAAAGCCAACGAGUCCCAGAGGACCCAGGACACCUCUCAGCAGGACUUGGCGCCUGAGCCUGGGACGGCCACAGGCUUGGAAGUGUUCACUCAGAAAAGCCUCGCAGCAUCUCCUGAGGGUUCAGAGCAUUGGGUAUUGAUAGAAAGAGAGUACAUUAGGCCAGAAGAACUCAGUCUCCUAAAAGUGACCACCACGCAGCAGGAAGAAGGUGAGGCAGGCCUCGCAGACAUCCUUGCUGAUGGCAGACUCUCCAAGGUAGACAUCCUGGUGGACAAGUUCAGAGUUGAAGUGGCCACAGAAGAGAUAGUAGGAGCCAGAAGAGCAAACACCCAGCGACAAGGAAGAAUGAUCGCAAGCCCGGAGGACUUCGAGUCAGUGUGGGAGGAAGGCACCUGGGUCAGGGAAGGCCCAGGAGGGGCUUCUCUGGCUGCAGGCAGCACGCUGGCCGAAAAGCUCUUGGAAGGCUUCCAGUUCAGGGCGAACCCUGGGGAGGCGACCAUCAGGAAGCACCGGGUCUCCAGUGGUCAGCUGGAGGGCCAGACGGAGCAGAGGCAGGAGCUGGAGGAGUCCCAGACUUGCGGGAGACCCGCUGCCCCAGGGACCAGACCAGCGGAGACGGAUGUCCCUUCUCCGGCCUCUGACACAGGAGGACUCCGGUCAUUUCUGUUGGACCCAGCUCACACCGAGGCCAGAGCCGACUCGAGCGAUGAAACCGAUACUUCCUUUGUGGAGAGGAGCUUCUAUUUAAACAACGAGGAGAAAGAUUCUGAAGACCAAGUCCUCCUUCCACCCCUGGAGGAGAGAGAAGAGCACCUGGAUGCCCCACCUGGACGUGAGCCCAGCCUGAAGCUCUGGGAGGAGCUCACAGAGAGCCCAGAGCCCAGCUCCUCCGGCCUACUGGGCUCUGCAGCCGCUGCUGACAGGGACAAGGACCCAGAGGGUGAGGCCCCCUCAGCUGCUGCAGAGGAAGGGGCAGGGGACCGCGGGAGACCAGAUGACCUGGAGGCCUUUGUCAAGCAGCUUGGAAAGGGCCCUUCUCCAGCACUGAUGUCGGCUGGGGACUGGGAAGAAGCCCAGUGCAGGGUGGAGGGAGAAUUUACCCACCCAGCCCCCUCAGUAACUGCAGAGGGAGAGGCCCACAGGAGUGGAGACUUGAUGGGAAAGGCUGAGAAAAGUCCUCCAGGAGGAUGGAAGAACCACUCACCUCACAGAGGAGGGGGCAUGUGUCCGAACCCCCAAGCCUGUGCCCUUCCGUGGGCCAUCCCUCCUAACGAUGUCAGGAAGCCAGCGAAGCCAGACAGAGGCAAUUUCCUGUCCAAAGAGAGGGGACCAGUUCACCCCCAAACAGUAGAAUCUGCAAUGGAAGACAGCAAGGCCCCAGCAUUUCUUCAGAUGGAGGUGAUCACCCCCCUCCCAGCGUCCCCUUGUCCCUUUGCGGCUCAGAUGUCUCCAGAGGAAGCUUCUCCAAGCCCAGCCCCUCAUGGGUCAGGGGAGCCUUUGCAGCUCAGGGACUCCUUUGGAGAACAGGCUCCUCUAUUUCUCAAACAUACCCAUCCUUCUAAAGAGAGCCCGGAGCCUAAGGACCGAGUAGAGCUGGUUGUGACAUCGGACGGAGGUGAGCGCAGGGCCCCUCCUGUCGCCAGCAGAAAGCCCAGAGUUGUCCCUGAAGAAGUCGAGGGGUUAGUGUUUCCUUCAGGGAAGCAAAAAGAGAUGACCUCUUUCCAGCAUGGGGGUCAAGAGGGCUCCCUGGAAGAUAUUAGCAAGACCUCAGUGGCCAACAAAAUUCGUAUCUUUGAGACCCAUGGAGCAGAAACUCGCAGGGCAAGUCAGGGUGAAACCAGAGCCUUUGCAAAUGAGUUGUCUUCAGAAGCCUCCGCGGGGCAGGUCGAGCAGCAGCGGAAUAAGCUUUUAGACCUGGGAUUUGUCCAGUUCCAGCCCCCAGGGGACUUUGCUGUCCUCAAAGCCACACAUUCCUCAGUGAUGCUGCCAGCUACCAAACACUUCAGGGAGGGCAUUUCUACCACAGCCCCCCGGGAAGGAUGCCUGGACGUCGAGCUCGUGUCUGCCAGUACAGGCUGCGAAGCUCCACUGGAGGAAGCUACUGGGGGAACUGGCCACAAUACACCUGGAGAUGCGGUCAGGCAAGAGAAGCACGUCACCAGCUUAGCAGCCAACCCCCCGGGAAAGGGGGCACACCUGAGAUUCGCCAGCCCCUCAGGCCCUCAGAGAGCAGGGCUGAGGGAGGGCUCCGAGGAGAAAAUCAAACCACCACGUCCCAGGGCCCCAGAGAGUGACACGGGAGACGAGGACCAGGACCAGGAGAGGGACGCGGUGUUCCUGAAGGACAACCACCUGGCCAUUGAGCGUAAGUGCUCCAGCAUCACGGUCAGCUCCACGUCCAGCCUGGAGGCCGAGGUCGACUUCACGGUCAUUGGUGACUACCACGGCAGCGCCUUCGACGACUUCUCCCGCAGCCUGCCUGAGCUCGACCGAGACAAAAGCGACUCAGAAACCGAGGGCCUGGUGUUCUCCCGGGAUCUCAACAAAGGGGGCCCCAGCCAGGAUGACGAGUCUGGGGGAUUCGAGGACAGCCUGGAUCGAGGGGCCUGCUCCACCCCGGAUAUGCCCCAGUUCGAGCCGGUGAAAACAGAAACCAUGACUGUCAGCAGCCUGGCCAUCAGGAAGAAGAUCGAGCCAGAGGCUGUACUACAGACUAGAGUCACCACUGUGGACACCACCCAGGUUGAUGGGACUGCCCUAGGUGGGAAGGAGUUCAUAACAACUACUCCCUCCAUCACCACAGAGACCAUAUCAACCACCAUGGAGAACAGUCUCAAGUCCGGGAAGGGGGCAGCUGCCAUGAUCCCAGGCCCACAGACGGUGGCCACGGAAAUCCAUUCUCUUUCUCCGAUCAUCGGGAAAGAUGUCCUCACCAGCACCUACGGCGCCACUGCGGAAACCCUCUCCACCUCCACCACCACCCAUGUUACCAAAACUGUGAAAGGAGGGUUUUCUGAGACGAGGAUCGAGAAGCGGAUCAUCAUUACUGGGGACGAAGAUGUCGAUCAAGACCAGGCCCUGGCUUUGGCCAUCAAGGAGGCCAAACUUCAGCAUCCUGACAUGCUGGUAACCAAAGCUGUUGUAUACAGAGAAACAGACCCAUCCCCGGAGGAGAGGGACAAGAAGCCACAGGAAUCCUGACCUCUGUGAAGAGAUGCUCGCGUUUCUGGUCCAACCCAAGCCAGAGAACCGCAAAGAAGGGGCCUUCAUUCUGGAUUCUCCGACGCAACACCGACGUCCCAGCUGCGACGUACUGUCCCUGAUGAGAGACUGGGAAAGGAAAAGCAUAUAUAUAGAUAUAUAUAGAUAUAGAUAUAUAUACAGGAAACACCACGUCCUUGCACUGCUGCCGGGGCUGGCCGAGCAUUCGGCCGACAGCAACCAACAUCCGAACGCCUACAUUUCCUUUGCAGACAAAUUCAAGACUCGGUGGGAUUUUUCAGGAAAAAAAAAGAUAACAAUAACCCCUUGCUUUCCCCUCCUCCCUUGGAGCCCUGCAGAACAACCAGGGCAAGUCAGACCUCGCUGAUUGUAGGAGUUCAAGUCGACCCUGGUUCUGCACGUUACAUUUAGUGGACGAGCGUUCUGUUUGUUCUUCUCCCGCGUCCGUUGCCCACUCGAAUGCAAAGGAAAACACUUUUGCAGCCAAGCAAGAGAAGCUGCAGCAGCAAGACACGCCCCAUCAACCAUUUUCCGAGAAAGAGCGAAAGAUCCCCACUCGGAAGGGAGGAGGAGGAACACUGGAUUGUUAUCUUUCGGGUCUUGACACUGGGCUGCAAAAAUCCACCUUCCUUUCUUCCACCUCCCUUCCCCCUUGACUCUCACACGUCUUGUCAUUUUCUGUCUCGGGUCCCUCCCCUCUCUCCCCCACCCCACGUCCCUCAUCCUCCAGUGUCCUGGUCCUGCUGAGGGCCACUGCAAUGACUCUCAUUGGAAACAAGAAAAAGAAAAGAAAAGCAAGAACGUAAAACCAGCCACAGGGAGGUAGACAUUGUAUGUUUAUGGGUUCUCACUAUGGAGGUGCAGCUUGUAGGAGGUUUGUACGGAUGUGCUUUUAAGUGAUGUAUAUUACGUAUAACAGGAAACAAAUACUACAAUAAACCGUGCUGGUAAGUAUGAAGCUGACAUUUUAAAAUUAUAAUUAUCUGACUGUGAUUGAUAUAUCCCAAGGUUCCUAGAUCUCACUGAAUCGGCCCAGCCAAGGAGACCUGGACCCUGGCUGUAGGUCGCUCAUGGUAGGAGCUGACGGUUCAGUGUAGAAAUACAGUGUGUGGUGUUUGUAAUUUGGUUGAUUGAUGGGGAGGGGCGGAGUCUCCAAAUGGAGAGGCAGGGGUUUGGCAAGAAGGAAGCAGGCUCAACGCCUUCUCCCCACCGGGGCAGUAGCAGCCAGGGCCUGGUCUGUGCUCAGGCGUGGUGUCCAGAGUUAGGAUUCUGCCACACAGGUCCCCUGGCUUAGUUCCCCUACCUCUCUAGAGGCUGGCCUCGGUUCUUAGUUAUCUCUUUUUUGCCACCUGGCUUGCGUUUCCCUGACCGCAUUGUAACAGCUAACUCCCAUCCAGAGAGGUGACACCUCUGGCUGCCGCAGAGGAUGGCGGCUUUCAUCCGGCUGUCUGAAGAUUCCCAGCUCAGCCUUUCCCUUUACCACUCCUGUAUUCUGUCCAAAUCAUUCUCUUCUUCCUGGGCCAAAGCAGCCAUGGUAGAGACUGAACACAGGGCAGGCCCUGAGAGGUCAAAACUGCAUUCCCAAAGGCUUUGCCUGCCCCAGAAUGAGCUGAGGAGGAAAGGCUGUGUGGCUGAGGCUCCAUCUAUGUAUAAGACCCUGGCUUUGGAGACCUUUCCUUCAGUCAGUGCCUGCGCUCUGAGCCUGUGCCCUUGGCGCCCCAGAAAUGGCCUUGAGACCACAGAAGCCCUCAGAGAAGAGCCUGGCAUUGCCCUCUGGCAAAUGUGGGAUUUCCCAGGCUUUCCUGACACAAGCUGCUUCCCUGAGCUCACUGAAGCUCCUUCUGAGGGAGGAUGUCUCUACUGCCCCUUAAUUUCUCAGCCCCAUUUCACUUCCCCCUUCCUGCUUCUAAAGCAGUCAAUGAAUUCAUUCCACAAAUAUUUAUCGAGUACUUACUUGUGCCGGCACUACUGUUAGGCUCAUGGAGAAAGUGUGAGGGGAGCAGUGGGACCUGGGAAGCCCCCUAGGCCAGCCUCACAUCUCCAACCCCUCUGCGAGCAUUUCUGCCUUCUCUCCAGUGAUCAGACAUGGCCUGGAGGUUCCCUGCAGAGGGCUUGGGCUCGCUCAUCAGUUAGCCCAGUGACCCAUAUGCUUAGCUGCUUAACUGGUGCUGACCCGAGGCAGGACAAGAAUCCAGAAUAGUGUUUGCCUCUGUGGGCAAAAAUGGGACGGAGAGAGGGCAGAGAGAGCCCUGCAGCAGGGGCUCAAAUGGCCCAGCCAACCCCAUCCCCCUGGAGCAGGCGGGUGGCCCACUCCAGCUCCCCCCGAGAGCAACAGCACACUUUGAAUGCACCAGGUUCUUUUUACAAUCCUGGGAGAGAAGCCACAGGACCUCCUUCCUGUCCUCUUCAACCUGAGAGCCCCCAGUCUUUCUAGGCCAAGAGCUGGAGUCGCUGCACCCUCUCUGUCUUUGUAGGAACCAGGUGUCCUGAGUGCCCUGGACAGACCUCAGAGGGGGAAUAUUUGUUCUUGGUUCUGCACCUGCAGACUCUAGGUGUGUGGCUUCAGGGCAGGGACAAUGUGACCAGGCCUAGUUUGUGGGCCAGCCAGGGUUUGUGGAGAUCUCCAUCCCACCAAUGCUCUGACCUUCCUUCCACAGAGAGGCAGGCAGUGCCACCAGGGAGGAGGGGAGCUGUGAAGCUGAAAUCUAGGGCACUGUUUCCUCCCCAUCCUCCUCUUCGUAGAGAAUAUAGACGUUUGUCUUGUCUGUCUUCAACCUACUUUUCCUUUUUGCCUUUUUACAUUUCUCAUCCUUUCCGUGCCGCCUCUCUGCCCAGGAGACCAUGUAGCAUAGUGGAAGAAGUCCUGGGAGGGCCGUCAGAAGUUCUGGGUGGCCAUCCUGGCUCAGCCCGUAACUCAUCACGUGCCAUUGGGUUAGUCCCACCCCACCUUGGGGCCUCAGUGUCCCCACUUGCAAAAUGAACAGGAUAAAGCAGAUGCUCUUCAUGGCCUUUUUCCACUCGGCCAGCCUACAAAUCUUUGUUUUCUCUUCUUUUCCUUUCUUGGGAUCUUUUCCAUCUGAGGGUACAGGAAAUGCCAGGACCUGUUUCAGUUUUUGAAUCCUGCAAGCACAUUCCAAGACUGGCCUGAAACUGCAUGAGCAACAUCACUCUAAAUAUAUAUAUUUUUUUUCAAAAGCACCUUCCCAACCAACUGCGAUGCUGUCCUGGUCCUUUUUACUCACACCCCUCUCUCCUCUCUUGUCCCCGCGCUCCCCCACCUCAGUGCUCCGUGCUGUAUGCGUGUGCUCUCUGUUCUUGUAUACUCAAUAAAAGUGAAAUAAAUGUGUUUGAUGCUGAACCACAAA